CAAAAACUUGGAACCGGUCCAGUGCCUGACAAGAUCGCGUCGUGGUCACUCGUUUCAAAAAAACGAGAAUGUGUCGUGCAAAUAUUUCGUGAAUUUUUAAAUUUCUGCCUCCGAUAAUAAAAAAAAAAAAACUUAUAGUGUAUUAAUGAGUUACGCGUGUUCAUAUAACAGACGUAUCUUAUGCAAUACGAACAAAUAAACUAUACGGAACUAUAAUAAGUUAAUCAUUCUUUGUUUACCUGAUAUUUAAAUGAUUUCCAGUUUAUUGAUAACUUCUAGAACAUCCUGCUGUGUCACAAUGAAUUUUAUUAAAGCCGUGACAAAAAAAAUAGUGCCAUAGAGCUGUGCAUAUUCGUCGUGAUGUUUUGUUAAGUUGUGCACGUGUAAAAUAGUGAUCAAAACCGGUUUAGCAAUCCUAAUUCAAACAAAUCGUGCGCGAAAAAUUAAGUCUAAAGCAAAAAAAAGUAUACGAACGGCACGCUAGUAUUUUCAGAGUAUCACAAUAAUGUUAAAAGUAUACCUACCAAUUUAAAAUUCGUCCUUCAGUCACUACGCUGAUUGAAUUAACACUUUUUAAUACUAUACCAUAAUACGUGUGCGUGCCGCGGAAUUCCCUCAUUGAGUAAUCAUCUCUGGUUGAAACAACUCAACGAUCCUCAUCGUGUCUAGUCGUAUAGUGACCGCGGUGAGCACCGGUGCUCCCCAUUGAAACGAUGACAGCUUAAAUAACGGUUAUAAUAAAAGUAAUUCAUAGUUGCGGCGGCGGCUUAAUUUCGUUCAAUAUGUCCGUUGUUUUUAUGUUAUUCGUGUUUGUCGCGACGGGUUUGUGUUGGAAAUCGCAUAGACUGGAAAUUUGUGACGACGAGAACAGCGUGGAUAUCACAGCGGGCACCCAUUUAUCGGGUGGUGUGAUCUACCACGACGGGGUGCGGUACGACCAAAGCGAAUAUUAUACUGACAAGAGAACCGGAUCGGACCGGGGGUGCGUGUGCUCGAAAGGGACGUGCAUAAGAAAGUGUUGCCCCCUCGGCUAUGGCUACAAUUAUAAAAGCAAACAAUGUGUGAAAGUUUACGAGAGAUUCGCGCCGCCCGUUUGGGACAACUAUGCGUACGAAAUGUUAAAAGUGAACGCUUCCGACAUAUUCCAUUUUGUGCCCGGGAAAAUGAACUGCACCGAUUCCAAGACGAGGAUACGAAUAGGGCAAGCCACAAAGAAUUUUGUCUUGAGAGUGGAUGGUAAACUGUACAUACAAAUACCAGAGAGCAUUCCUCCGUGGCUCGUUCAGACCCCUGAUGAAUACUGCAUCGACACGUUCGUCAGAGAAGACCCAACAACCGGAGAGAGGACCUCAAGUCUGGACGCGCUGAUCUGCUUCGCUGAUAAAGUUAACAACGAACAAUACGUCCUAAGAUUCACUUGCAUGCUGAUUUCCUGCUUGUUCAUCCUGGCCACGGUAGCAGUGUACGCGUGGCUACCAGAGCUACGGAACUUGCACGGCAGGGUGCUCAUGGCGUACCUUCUCAGUCUGUUCGUCGGCUUCACGUUCCUGGCGACAAUGCAAAUACUGCUGACGAUCAACAACAUAACAGUGACGACAUGCGUUUAUUUCACAUUCGUGAUCUACUAUUCGUUGCUGGCGGCCUUCUUUUGGCUCAACGUCAUGUGCUUCGACAUCUGGUGGACUUUCAGCGGCAAACGUGGAAAAUCUUUAGAGAAAAUGUCACUGCGGACCCGCUUCGUGGCAUAUUCUUUAUACGCGUUUGGUAUACCUACUGUGCUGACUGCUCUACUUGUUGGAUUGGAGUUCUCGGGUCUUCCGCCGCAUCCCUUAUUACCAAUGAUCCGGCAACAAGGAUGUUUUAUUUACGGUACGAGUAAACUCAUUUACCUGUACGGUCCGAUUUCAAUACUCUGCAUCGCCAAUAUGACUUUCUUCGUGCUGACCGCCGUGAAAAUAGCGCAGAUUAAGAAGCAAACGUCGGUGCUCAAAUCGAAAGACAGUUCCACGCACGAUCAGCACCGGAAUGAUCGACAAAGGCUGCUCCUUUACAUCAAGUUGCUUGCGGUAAUGGGUGUUAGCUGGAUCCUAGAGGUAGUCAGCGCUAUAUACCCAGAAGCCGAAGAUAUCUGGAAAUUUACAGACGCCUACAACGUCCUUAUCGGAUUAAUCAUCUUCAUCAUUUUCGUCUGCAAGAGAAAAAUCUUCAGAUUGAUCAAGAAGAGGAUUAAGCAGAAGUUCCGACGAUCGAACAAUGAGAGCAGAGAGUUAAAGGAGAUAGUCGAUAAGAGAAUGAGACGCUGGCAAAAUAAUUCGAACCAAAGAGCCAGCUUAGAAACUAUCAGAACCUCAAUCGGUGUCGACUCUGAUGCUACCGUUAGAAACACGACAAAUAUAUAAACAGCUACGUGGCGAUCCAAUGUCCAGGACACAGACCACAACCUCUAGGACCCUCUCUACUCGCGAGGACGUAGCGAUGACUUCGAUCAAGAGCAAGUGAAUAUAACCAGUCUACUCCAAGUCACAUUCAUUUAUGGCUCUUCUCUAUUUGAAUAAUUCAAAGUCCGUUGCCAUGGUGAUCGCCGAGCUGUUGCCAUAGAGAAUUAAAAUGCUAGUAUAAUUCACGAAUUAUCCUAGUACGAUUCAUCUUUUGCUUCAGUGGUUAUUCCGGUGUUCUCAUCAUAAGAAACAUUAAUAUGAUGUUACGAUUUUUCUCUAUCGAUUUAGAAGCUAGUCAGAAUAGCCUCCACGUGAACUAAUUAUGAUCAGGCAGGCUGUAACAAUGUUUAAAUCUUUUUGUACUUAACACGCAUAGAAAUAAAAAAGACUAUACAAAAACUAAGAACCUGAGAGGCAGCUGAAAGAUUAAUUAAAUGUACAAGCGUCAUAAAUAAUCCUUUUAAUAAAAUAUUUCGGGAUGAUCGAAAGAAUUUAUUAUAAUUGGAACGAUUUGCCUAUGGACAAUUUUUUAAUCGUGGAUUCGGAGAAACAUCGCGUGUUUAAUUAUUAAAAAAAAAGUUAAUUUAAAUUAGACGGUGUGGUAAAAUUUAAUAAUACAUUAUUAUUAAUAUUACGCACUUAUUGCACAGUUUUGUUAUUUAAGAUAUAUAUGUAGUUGCUUUAGCUCACUCAGUCUUAUUCCACUUGGUUUUUUAAACUAUAAAUAUAAAUGUACCUAGAUUAUUUAAGAAUUUAUUAAUAGUUAGGAAUACUCAUGCAAAAUUAUAUUUGCAGUUUCCAAUUUUACCAAAGGCUUUUCCGUAGUUAUUCUCCUAUAAUAUAUAAUUUUCAAAUACACAAUUAUAUGUUGUCAAUAAAAAUAAAUCUUUGCAUAGAUUGUACUCACUAUUUUUAAUGUUUCAUCUCUCACACACAGAAUACUUAUUUAAAAGCGGUGAAAAUUGGGAAUAGUAGAAGAGUUCUAUGUAUUUUCCAUUAUUAGACAUGUUCGAACACGGCCAAAAGAUUCAAAAACCUCAAGAACUAAUAGAAUAUUGAGUGAAGGUAACUAGAAAAUAAAUUUGUUCCUCAAAAAAGAGUCCAAAUGUUGUACAGUUGAAAUUCAUACCAAUGCGUGUGCAUAAAUUACAAAAAACAAAAGACUACCUUCAUAUUGUGUCUUCGAAAAACUUUUUAACAGAAAAAGUACUACAUACUUGAUAUAAAAUCAUGGUUAACCUUUGUUAAAAAGAGUUGUAUCGAAAAAUAAAGCUGUUUCUUUAAAUUAGUUAGGAAUGGGUUGGAGUAAGAUUAAAUUGUGUUAAACAUAACUGCUAAUGAAUUAUAAAUCAUUACUUAGAUAACGACUCUUUGAAAAACGAAAUACACGGCGCAAAUUUUGAGGAAAACUUAAUGUGAACAUUUAAAUGUUUCAAAGUUCUAUUUUUAAUUUUAUAUUCACGAAAGAGGUUUAUAGCGUUUUUAAAUGAGAAUUUUAAACUUCCAUUCGUUACACUUCCUAGAAGUUAAACAAAGAAUUAACAUUUUUCAUUUAUGUUUAGAUAACGCCUUAAUUAUACUCCCAGUAUAGCAUAGUUCAUCAAGUACACAGUAAAAUGUUGGGUGCCCAAAAAAUCUUUGAAAUAUAUCAUCAUUUUAAGCGCGAUGUAAGUUCCGAGGUCGUUGACCUAUGUCGAUGAAAAUACAACAAAAUCUUUCUCAUUCCGUAAAAUUGCUGCAGUCUUAUUUAUAGGUACCUAUAUGAUUUAUUGUAUUUACUAUGCUCAUUAUAAAUACCAUAAAACAUAAUAUGGUAUUUAAAAGAAAUUAUUAAAACCGUAUUUUCCAUACCCAUCCUGUGUGUUGAACACAAUUUUCAUAAUCAAUAUUUAAGAAUUCUAACCUCAAAGUAUCUUAGGGACCAGUAUUUAAUUUAGUAAUAUUAUGAUGUUAAAAGAUGUAAUCUCUAGUCUUUUAUGUGUGUAUGUGUCUUUAUGUUAUUUGUAGACCUAUGUUUUGUAUUAAUCGUGAUGUUUGAUAACUGUUUACGUGAAAAAUAUUGUGUUUUUAAAACGCUUUCUUAUCUAAGUACAUUAUCAGAAUGUAAGAUUAUUUUAAAUGAAAUUCUAAUAUAAAUGUAUAUUAUAAUAAAUAAAAACGACAUUAAGUACCUC